GAAGGAGGGGCGAGACGGGAUUGGCUAGGCGGCUAUUGCCGUCGUCGCCGUGGAAAGAGGAGGAGGACUGUUUCCUGUUGUCGCCAAGGAGGAGGAGGAGGAGGAGGGCCGGGGUUCCUUGGAGAAGCUUGGAGAGGUGGGACUCUCCACCCAUAGCUAUCAUGUCUGGGAUUGGGAACAAGCGGAUAGCUGCGGAGUCCAGUCCUUCAGGACUUCCAGAAAAGAAAGCCAGCGUUGAGGACUCUGGGACUACAGUAGAGACCAUUAAGCUUGGGGGUGUCUCCUCAACGGAAGAAUUAGACAUCCGUACACUGCAGACCAAGAACCGAAAGCUCGCAGAGAUGCUGGACCAGCGACAAGCUAUUGAGGAUGAGCUGCGAGAACACAUUGAGAAGCUGGAGCGACGGCAGGCCACCGAUGAUGCUUCGCUGCUGAUUGUCAACCGCUACUGGAGUCAGUUUGACGAGAACAUCCGCAUCAUUUUGAAGCGCUAUGACUUGGACCAAGGCCUUGGAGACCUCCUGUCAGAACGUAAAGCCCUGGUGGUACCAGAACCUGAACCUGAUUCAGACAGUAACCAGGAACGCAAAGAUGAGAGAGAGAGAGGAGAGAUAGUUGAGCCUGCGUUCUCCUUUCUGGCCACUUUGGCCAGCAGCACCAGUGAAGAGAUGGAAUCUCAAUUGCAGGAACGCGUGGAGUCUUCCCGCCGGGCAGUCACUCAGAUUGUGACCAUGUAUGAUAAACUGCAGGAGAGAGUGGAUGUCCUAUCUCAGAAGCUGAACAGUGGAGAUGUUUCUUUGAUGGAGGAAGCUGUCCAAGAGCUGCAUUCUUACCUGACAAAUGAGAACAGGCGGCUUCAGGAAUUGGGUGAUUUGCUUCAGGAAAAACACCGCAGCAUGUCUCAAGAGUUUUCCAAAUUGCAAGGGAAAGUAGAGGCGGCAGAGUCUCGAGUAUCUGUGCUGGAGACCAUGAUUGAUGACUUGCAGUGGGACAUUGAUAAAAUCCGUAAACGGGAACAGCGCCUCCAAAGGCAUCUGGCAGAUGUCCUGGAACGAGUGAAUUCAAAAGGCUAUAAGGUAUAUGGCGCAGGCAGCAGUCUCUAUGGCGGUACUAUCACCAUCAACUCUCGAAAGUUUGAGGAGAUGAAUGCUGAACUGGAGGAAAAUAAGGAGCUGGCCCAGAAUCGCUUGAGUGAGCUGGAGAAGUUGCGUCAGGAUCUUGAGGAGGUGACAACCCAGAAUGAUAAGUUAAAGGUGGACCUGAGACGGGCAGUGGAAGAGGUGGUGAAGGAAACCCCUGAAUACCGCUGCAUGCAGUCCCAGUUCUCUGUUCUCUACAACGAGAGCCUCCAACUGAAGUCGCAGCUGGACGAGGCCCGUACUCUGCUUCAUGGCACCCGAAGUACCCAUCAGCGUCAGGUGGAGCUCAUUGAGCGGGAUGAAGUCAGCCUGCACAAGAAACUACGAACUGAGGUUAUUCAGCUGGAAGACACUCUUGCACAGGUCCGGAAGGAAUAUGAGAUGCUGCGGAUUGAGUUUGAGCAGACGCUUGCAGCCAAUGAACAAGCAGAGAAGAAGGAAUUCUGA